UUCCCUUCUACCAAUUUAUCUCUUCCUGUUAUGUAUUAUAUAUAUGGAGGAGGAUUUUUAAAUGGUGCUGCUAAUUUUGAAGUCGCCGGUCCCCAUUAUUUGUUGGAGAGUGGAGUCAUUGUUGUAACGGUAAAUUACCGAGUAGGUCCUUUCGGUUUCCUGACAACUGGAGACAAAAUAAUACCUGGCAACUACGGUUUGAAAGAUCAACAGAUGGGACUCAAGUGGGUGCAGAAAAAUAUUAAAUAUUUUGGUGGCGAUCCAAAAAAAGUAACCAUAAUAGGCAUAAGUGCAGGAGCAUCGUGUGUAGGUUUUCAAAUGAUGAGUAAAGGUUCCAAAGGUUUAUUCAGGGCAGCAAUCGCUCAGAGUGGAUCGAAUAUUAAUCCAUGGGCAUAUCAGAGGAAUUACAAGACGAUAGCAAGGCUUUUUCAGGAUACUUUAUUAGUUGACCAAAUGACUAAUGGACUUGUUUUCACUCCCGUUAUUGAACCUGAACAUGAGACAGCCUUCAUUACCGAGAAUAUGUACGAGGCAAUAGAAAAUGGUAGAAUGGCUAGGGUGCCCCUCAUAAUUGGAAUCUGUUCAGAAGAGAUGCUUGUAAUACUUUCAGGUGGUUACUUUCCAACGCAAAUACAAAGUUAUGACAAUGAUAUUGCCUUAUUUGUCAGUAGAAACAUGCAUAUCACUGACAGAAACAAACUGAUUCAACUCGGACAAACCAUUCACGAUUGGUAUUCGAAAGGCCGACUGGAGGAUGACAAAGUGGGUACAGUAAAGUUCAACAUUACAGGAGUUGGCAGAGUUAUACACGGGGAAGACGGGAACUACAUUUGGGUAAAGUCCAAUUCGACUGGAUUGAAUAAUUACCCAAAAGAUGACAUAUUGACCAGCGAUCGAUACCGUACUUUGUUCACUAAUUUUGCUAAAUACUUAAAUCCCACGCCAGAGAAAACGAGUUUGUUCCAAAAUAUUUUAUGGCCCAAAGUGACACCUCAUAACUUCCAAUAUUUGAACAUCGAUACAAAUUUGAGCAUUCAGAAAAAUCCCAGAGGAGAAGUUUAUCAAAAAUGGCUGAAGAUUUACGAAGAAAACGCAGUGAGACCUCUUGAUACAUUCUGAUUGUAGUACUGCAACUUGAGGAUAUUAAACGAUAGUCUUUUACUUGA